AACGUCAGGCCACGAGGUAUUUUUGCUGCAGGCGCCGUGUCUGCCGCACUGCUCGCGGUGCUUGUGUGAUCAUUGUGUUGUGCUUGUGAACUUGUCGUGCCAGACUUGUGUUUAGGGGUCUUAGUAAGCCCCCACCACCAGCCGCAGUGGCGUGUUUAGUGCCCGGGCAGUAGGUGAGUGUGUUGAAGUACCCCGAACUGAGACUGCGUGUACACUGCCUUCACUCACCCGCAACACUCGCUCUUUCCUCGCCUUGAGAGACUCACAUCUAACGUGCGAAGUCUUCUGAGACAUAAAGUGAAGACACUCGCGCAUGGUAUGAAGCUAGUCUGCACCAAACUUUGUGCGUGAGUUUCGGACACUGACGCAUCGACAGCUUGUGGUGACGCCGUGCGUGUGGUGGACGCGGAGUAAUGAUGCAACACCAGCCGCGUGCAGCACCAAACCACUGUCCUGCUUCCCAUCCCACCGCCCCCUGCCCUCCCACUCACCUCUAGUGGCUCCUCUCUUCCUCCAGCUGAUUCUGCUGAUCCUCGCCAUCACACUGCACACUACUCUCCACAAUAUAUAGCACAGUUAUCUUUUGUCUUAAUAAAAGCAGUUUCUUAGCUUUUCUCACUGACGUUAAGCACUACUACUACUACUACUACUACUACUACUACUACUGCUACUACUACUACUACUACUACUACUACUACUACUACUACUACUACUACCAGCACCCUCACAUAAAUUCUUGCCAGCCGGUUAGCAGUGGUUGUAUAGUUCUUUUCUUCUUUCCUCCAUGUUAGUUAGUUAAUUGAGUCCACACGACUUGAGGGGCAUCUUUGUUUCAAGCUCCGUUUCAUAUACGACACUAACCUUGACAUUGCACUAAAUCUCUCUCUCUCUCUCUCUCUCUCUCUCUCUCUCUCUCUCUCUCUCUCUCUCUCUCUCUCUCUCUCUCUCUCUCUCUCUCUCUCUCUCUCUCUCACACACACACACACACACACACACACACACACACACACACACACACACACACACACAUUCAAAUUUAGUACUCCCUUGUCCACCACCCGCCCACUCCCGCCAACGCCUAAGGGAGAAAUAUGGAUUACCCAAACGGACGCCUAAGUGGGCACCACAGCCACCCUCCCUCUCACCACAUGCCCACCCACGCCCACGCCUACAGCCACGGUCACCACCACCAUCACCACUACUCGGGCCACCACCUGUCAGACCUGUUCAGAUUCCACCAGCCUCCACCGCCCAUGCUGUACCGCACGGUGGAGAAGAUGUGGGGCGGCGGCGCUCCUGGUGGUGGAGGAGGAGGUGGUGGAGGAGGAGGUGGCGGUGGAGGUGGAGGAGGACUGCCUGGAGGAGUAGGGGGCCCUCAGCUUGGCGACAGUCACACUCCUUCAGCGCCUACACAAGACGGCCAGGAUGUCAAGAUGUCCUGCGCCUCGCCACCACCAGCUACUUCGGCGGCGACGUCUGUCCCUUCAGUCUCAGCCUCGUCCACGCCACCUGCACCGCCCACGCCCAUGGAAACCUCGCACCUGCCGGCAAUGCUCUCCCAGCUCUCACAAAGCAUGAGUGCCGCCGCGGCCAGCAUUCAAAGGGACUCCUCACCUCCUCCCACCUCCAACCACGACACUCCGACCUCCAGCAUCGCCCAUCCCGGACCUCCCUCGCCCACGCCCCUGGACUCCUCCUCCUCCCAAGACAUGCUUAAGAUGGAAACCAGUGAGAGCGAGGCAGUCACCGGAGGGAGCGACACCCCCCACAACGGCCCGUCGAUGCCCCCUGGACUGGGUCCGGCUGUUGCCGCAGCCGCUGCCGCCGCUGCUGCCGGGGGAGUAGGAGCCCACACCUUGCUGCAGCAAACUAUGUCUCAGCUUCUGCGACCCUCGUCUGCAAGGCCCGACCUUGUCCCCUCCCCUCCGUCACACCUCGGCCACGGCUCAGAAAACCCGCGGCCUCCAUACUGGGGUGCCCCACAUGACCUUCGCCCCGACUCUGAUCGCCAGGACACUCACUCACCUACACCAAUCGACCCAGCAAAGUUGGGGAUUGAAAAGGUGGAUAGUGUAAGUGGAUCCUCCUCAGGAUUCCCUCCGAAGUCUUCGCCGCCCAUGAGUCAGUUCAACAUGCCGGCGGAGCUUUUCCAGGUGUUGGUGGUUUUGGGAAAAAUUAAUUAUUUUCCUGUAAAAGUAGUGAAUUUCUUCUAUGCAUUUCAUUCUAUUUUUUCUUCUUCUUUCCCUUUGGUGUUUUCUUCUCUUUCUGUUGUGGUUCAGGUCUUUGGUUGAAUUUGCUAAGCUCUUUCUAAGUGAAUGCAUACAUCACAAUGCGAACAUUUAGCUGGAAUUCAAUAUUUCUAUUAGUUUUAGUAAAUCUGGAUGCAUACAUAAUAUUUUAUCUAAUACUUCAUUCACUAGAAAACUUAAUAGUUUUCCUCUCACUUUUUUUUUUUCCACACUCACGUAUUACUCAUGAAACAAACCAUAAACAUUUCUUCUAUCGGAUGUUUGCGCUGAUCUCUGUUCUGCUUUACAUUUAAUGUCUGAAAACAUUUUUGCAAAUAUGCUUGCAUGACUUCGCCUUCUGAAUUCUUGAAUGAUCUUAAAUGCAUACUCUUCCUUUAUUGCGUCCACUGCUAUGUACAACAAGUAUUGCCUUUCAAGCAUGGGGAACGGGAGCUAUUCUGUUACCUUUUUGCGCCACCACGACAGUCCUCGCCCACCCCAUUGCUGAGAGUCCGGAGAAGCGACUUCCUCACACAGCACCGAUAAGAAGAAGGAAAUCUCGGAAGCUUGCCAUCUUCCUUGCCACAAGUGACGCGGGAAGGCCUGCCUCUUGCUAUUGGCUUGUGUUGCUGCCUUGUGUGAGGGUUGUACCUUUGGCACAACUCUCGGAGGAGCUACUUGUUGGUUUUCAAGAAUAACUUUUAUAUUUCUAUUUAAAAGUCAACUGUUAGACCUAAGACCAGUUGUAGUGUGUUUGACGAUGUUGUCCUCUUACCUUCCUGCCUCAAAAAUAAGAGAAUUUUUGUUACUGUUAUCAUUGCUGUUGUUUG